CCUCCGGGCUGGGCUCCGCUCCUCUGCCGCUCGCCGGGAGCGGGGUGGGGGGGAUGGGUCCUGCUCGCCGCCCAGGCCAAGGACCCUGCGCCCGGCGCUCCCCCCAGGGUGCCAUGGCCUCCCGGUUCCUGCACCGGCUGCGGCACGCCCUGGCCGGCGACGGCCGCGGGGAGGCAGCGGCCGACCCCGAGGCCGAGCAGUUCCCGGAGAGUUCGGAGCUGGAGGACGACGACGCCGAGGGCCUGUCCUCCCGCCUCAGCGGCACCCUCAGCUUCACCAGCGCCGAGGACGACGACGACGACGACGAGGACGACGAGGAGGAGGAGGACGCCGGCCUCGACUCGCUGCCCUCCGGGGACUGUGCGUCGGGUGAAGACGCAGAAGGGAGUCCCCAGCCUGACGGGCCGCGGGGCAGUCAGCUCCUGGCGCGGCACCUGCAGGAUUUCUGGAAGAAGUCCCGGAACACCCUGGUACCCCAGCGGCUACUCUUUGAGGUGACCAGCGCCAACGUAGUCAAGGACCCACCCUCCAAGUACGUGCUCUACACCCUCGCCGUGAUGGGCCCAGGGCCACCAGAUCGCCAGCCAACACAGAUUUCUCGCCGCUACUCAGACUUUGAGCGGCUGCACCGAAGCCUCCAGAGGCAAUUCCGGGGCCCCAUGGCUGCCAUCUCCUUCCCCCGUAAGCGCCUGCGUCGGAAUUUUACUGCCGAGACCAUCGCCCGCCGCAGCCGGGCCUUUGAGCAGUUUUUGAGCCACCUGCAGGCAGUGCCUGAGCUGCGCCAUGCCCCAGAUCUGCAGGACUUCUUCGUGCUGCCUGAGCUGCGGCGGGCGCAGAGCCUCACCUGCACCGGCCUCUACCGGGAGGCUCUGGCACUCUGGGCAAAUGCCUGGAAGCUGCAGGCCCAGCUGGGCACCCCCUCAUGCCCUGACCGCUCCCUGCUGACACUUGCUGGGCUGGCUGUGUGCCACCAGGAGCUGGAGGAUCCUGGGGAAGCCCGGGCAUGCUGUGAGAGGGCCCUGCAUCUGCUGGGGGACAAGAGCCCCCACCCUUUGCUGGCACCCUUCCUGGAGGCCCAUGUCCGGCUCUCCUGGCGCCUGGGCCUGGAUAAACGUCAAACAGAGGCCCAGCUCCAGGCCUUGCAGGAGGCAGGCCUCACCCCCAUGCCACCCCCCAGUCUCAAAGAGUUGCUUAUCAAGGAGGUGCUGGACUAACCUUUGCCUCAACUUAAAGCUACUGUGGGGAAGCGGGCUGCCUCAGGAUGGGGGGAUGGUCCUGAGGAGAGCAUGGACAGCAGCUGGAAGGGUACAGGGGACGCUGGGAGUCCCUAGAAGUUCCAGAAAAGGAGUGUGCAGCAGUCUAAGGAAACUUGCUUCUUCUGUUCAUCUGGGCUCAAGGUGAGCUCUGGCUGUAGUUGCCUUGGGAUGGGGCAAUGAGGAAGUUGGAUGCAGCCUCUCCAGCUUAGGAGCAGCUGGGUACUGUGUCCCAGUCAGGGUCAAAGUUCCCUUUUCCAUGGCCUCCAAGCCACUGAGGCAGCCUGAGCAAAGGUCAGAGACUCUGCCCCUGGAGUCCUGGAGUUGAGAGAUCAAGAGAAGACUGCUGUCUGGCCCAGGGGAAUUACAGAGGCCAGCCACUCCAGUAGUAACAAUCUCUUUAUUGGAUGUGUGGGGUAGAAGGCACAGCCCUUGACUGUAACUAUUGCCUCUGUAGUGGGAGUAGACAGGAGAUCCUUGAAGCUCCAGGCCAAGCUGGUACCUCAGGCUAGAGCUUGCUCUCUGAGACCCGGGGCUUCACUCGGAUCACACCCUCCUGGGCACAGGACACAGCCAGGACCCCAUCCCGACGCCACAACCGCCCAUGGACCAGCCCCCGGGAACCACCUGUUGGGCAAGAAGGGUGAUAACUGCUUUCUCUCUGCCUCAGCACAGCCAAACACACUUUGUGAAAAUGGCUGGGCCCAGGACAGGGCUGCCGCCUGCAAUGGCACUACUAAGUGUUGUGGCCACUCCAAAUCCCCAAGUGCCCCUUUAUGAGCCCAUCAUGGUCAGUCACUGGGGGAUAACCCCUCCCACAGGAACCCCACUUGACAGUUGAUAAGCACCUUCACAUAUCCACUGGCUUCCUCAAAAAGAUCACAGAGGGAGGAGCUCUGAGAACAGUCUCAUUCAGUUGCACAGCCAGGCAAAUCUGCCCCACCAUUGGACGCUUGUGUUUGGAAACCCAUCAGUUCCCUUUUUAAAUUCAAACCAGGUCCCCCAGGCAGGUAAUUCCUGGAAGACAUCCCCCACCACCACCUCCAAGGAAAAGAAGGGAACCUGAAGCCAUGAGGUUUGGCCACCACAUGGAGUUGGAUGUUUAUGAAGGGAACCACUGGUUUCCCUUAAACAGUUCCAGAGUGGCUCAGGAACUAGGCACUAAGUAUCAGGGCCAAACCUGAACCAAGUGUCCUGAGUUCAAGGUUAUUAAUCUCGUGUGUUGAGGCUGUUGAUACUUGAGAGUAUCCCUUGAGUAUGAAGAGUCCCUUAAGUUUGGUUCCUGUUUUAUAAAGCAGAGCUUUUUUUCUUCA